AUCAACGUAUGAUGGAUGGUUUGAUUACUUGGAAUCAUGAUCAUUAGCUUUUUAGAUUGUGGCGUCGUCCUAUUAUUCAUUCAAUAGGAACGCCGUCCCCAUCCGUCUGAUCCAAACCGACGACGGCGAGGAUGAAUCCAAAGGAUUCUUCUAUUGUUUAGCAUCGAUACACUAAAUUCCGAUUAAUCAUUUUAAUAUUGACUUUAAAUGAAAAUAUAAAUAAAUAGUUUCAUUUUGUUCUUUUUCCUUUACGCGCAAUUUUGCCUAUUUAUUGAACGAAAAGAGCCACCGCUCUUUGCUGCUUUAAGAGUUUUGAGCUCUCCUUCCGCCCGCUCCUCCGACUCCCCGCCUGCCGUCGCCUCCAGCGGUCACCGGAGAUCUCUCCACCUAUUUCGCCGCCGUUAUCAUCCUACAGAACAGACGAGUCCUUCGAUUCGGCCAAGUUGUUGAUCUAUGGGGGAAGCUGAGAUCUGGUUUCUUCCAUUAGAUGCGGUCGGAGGAUCUCGUGCCCUCAUUUUGAUCGUCGAAGCCCGAGGACAUGUUCCGUAAGAACGAUUCGGCCUUGUCCUGCUUCUGUCUCUACCUGCUCUGCCUCUUCUUCCUGAAAGAGCGAAGAAGAAUACGGACCACCCUAGCUUUGGAAGGGUGGUUCGAGACCCAGAAGAAGGUCGAGUUGGGUCGAGCGCGGCUGGUCGUGGAGCAGUUCCUUGGCAACAACUUAUAUCUGUAGAUAUAUCUGAGAAAGUCUUUGGUGCUCCUCCUUUGGCAAAUAAAAAAAGAUCACGGAAAAACUUUUCACCGAUGAGAAUAUGGAUGGAUGUGCAGUGUCAUGCAUCUAUCUUGGGUUAUUCAACACCAAUGUAGAAGCUGCAACGUCCUCUUGAACAUGGAUUAGGGCUUAUGACAAGGCUUCCAUUAAAGUAUGAUGGAAGGGAAGCUGUCACCGAUUUUGAGCCGAGUACCCAUGAAGCAGAACUAUUUCCCCAGGGUGAAACUGAAGAUGUUCUGAAUUGGCUGCAGGCCAUGCCAUGGAUCUGAAUUUGAGUACUUCCCAAUCUGUUGUCCAUGGUCCAAAGGGGUAUCAAAAUCUAUUGGGUAUCCAGUUUGAAGCUUCUGAUGUCAACAAAACAACGGUCAGAGUGAGAUAGAAGGAGACUGCGGUUCGUCUGCAAGCUCCUGAAGUCUGGAGUUGGUCAACAACUGGGUCUCCUUCCCAAUUUCCACUGUUCACUUCUGCAGCAUCAUCAGGAUUCUCGAGGGACGGCUACUCUUUCUCCCCUGCAACCCCCCCUGCUUCAUUCUCCAUCGUAUAGAUUCACCGAUUCACUGUCUUGGGAAUUCAGAUGAACAGACACCAGAAUCAGUAGGGUGAGGUUUGGAGCAGUCAAGUGAUUCUUCUCUCUGGACUUUGGGUUUGCCGCUCAAGAUCAGAACAUUCCAUGCUCACCUCGGAGGCGGCAACUCGUCCCUGUCGAUUAAUUGAUCCGCUCGCUCCUGGUUGCGCUCCACCUCCAGGUGGAGGAGAAGGCGGAGGUCAUGGAAGACAGCGAGUCGCUGGCGAUCUGCCUCUUGACGUCGCCUCUACGUGGGUAGGGGGUUCCUCUCCCGGUCGCCGGAGUCUUGGUGGCUGCCCAUCGAUCUCUCUUUGCAAGACAGCAGAAGCGAGAGCGGAUGGAUGGUGUUCGUGAAUGAGACGAAUGGAGUAGUCACAUAGUACAUGCACCUACCUUCAAAGAGAAAUGGAUUGCACGAUAACAAAAGAUGCAAGCGAUGUGGCUGUUUGAGGUCAUCCAAUGAGGCUGUGAUGAUGAUGCACGCAUUAGUGACAGCCGACAUGCACACAAACUGGGGGAUGAGAUUUGGGGCAGAAGGAACAAAAGGAAAAGUCCCACAGUAUCAUCAUCAUCCAAUUCUGUGCGCCCCAACCAUUCCGAACAGAACUAACUGCAUGGUCAAUGAAGAAGGAAGCUGUGGCGAUCCCCUGCCCGGACCUGUUUCUCUUUUCUAUGCACAAGAGGUGUUGCCGUCGUGGAUAUUUGGGUGGAUCAAGAGCCUUGGGUGUGCUGAAUUGGAUGCUAAUCGCUCUCGUAGCUGGAAGCGUAGCCGCUCGCCGACGGGGUGGCGUCUGCGGAGAAGGAGCGAUCGCCGUCGAGUUUGUGCUCCUCCCUUUUCUCCAGGGCCUUUGGGAUGAUUGCUCGGAGCAAAUCCCCAAAGAUUCUUGCUUUCACCUGGCCUCGCUUCGGCAGCGGCCUUCCCUUCCUCUUGUUCUCAGGGACUUGCGAUUCCAUUGCCGGAAGAUGGGUGAGCGGAGCAGAGGACUGCAACGAGACCAGCAGCGGGAAAGAAGCUCGAGAAAGAAGAGUUGGUUGGAAUCCGUGAAAAAGUGUCGAUGGAGAGAGGAUCGGAGCUGUCGAUCUCUUAUAUACUGCUGAAGUCUGGCUGUCGGUUGAAGAUGAUCAGCUGCCUUGUGGCGCAAGCUUGCAGCUCGACGUGAGCAAGUGGAGCCUUGAAGCUUCCAAUAGAAGUUGAUGGAGUUUGUCUUAUGCGAGAAGUCUCCGUCCAACCCUGUGACUCAUUCGCACAACAAGGUGAUGGAGGUUCGUGUUCUCUACAAGAAACUGCAUCCUCUGUGUGUCAGCCGAUAUGUCAGCUGCUUUGACGUAGCGAUCGUGGCAGAUCGUCCCCAUCAAACUCGAACCAGUUGAAUCUUGACAAUUUCUUCAAGACUGAACGAAUGAAUGCACUAAUCGACCGCAAUGAAUGCAUCGCCGUCGGUCUCCGGAGACGACUUCUUCAAACGGAGCUCAAAAUUUGACACCUUCUCGACUUCAGCUAUCCGUGGAGUCCACUCAGGAGUUUGCUUCCCGUACGCGAUGAAUCUGCUCACGCACGCACUCUGCUCAUGGACGAGAGACGGCGUGCAAAGCGAGAACGACAUGCUCGAUGAGUAUGCGGAGAAGAAGAGGCCAUCGAGAUUCCACUAUUUUCUGGUCUCGCAUGGUCGUUUGGUGAUUCCCAUUUCACGCAUGACACUUUGGGAACUGUACUUGAUGUUCCACAAGGAUCACAUGCUCCUUCCGGUGUCGUCUCUCCCGGCCCGUGAACGAAGAGAGCUAGAAGAUUGCCAUUGCAGCUUGGCAUCGCCCAAUCUUUCUGGUCCACCAAGUCCAAAAUCACAUUAUGGUUGCCCUGUUCCGGGAAACAGGACACCCUGCAAAGGUGGAUGAACUGCUGUCGAAGGAGGUCGUGAUGAGUAAGCCAUGGCAUUCCUCCGAGUGCGUGGCCCCUAUGCUUCGACUCCAAGUCAAGCCAGUAAUGAAAGAUCCUUAUGCAGCAGCACCGAUCAUGCUUCGUCGCUCGUGCCUGCCAUUUGGGCUGUAGAGAAAGAGGAGCAGACGGGACAGAGGAAUCGAGCACCGAGCAUAUUGAUCGACUCUAAUUCGAUGCGUAUAAUUCUAAGACCAACGUUCUGUUGUGAUGAUCGAUGAAGUAUCCCCUGAGCCGUAGCAGAAGAUUGACCACUUCGAGUCUUGGAUUUGAGAUAGCAAACUGAGGGACCAAACUACAUGACUCGGCUCACACGAUCGUCUCUGGCCUCUGAAGCCAUCGGAGAGUCUGGUUCCUUGUCCUGUGAAGCGCAUAUAAUGAAUGUUGAUUGUCCCAGAGUUGGUGGAAGAACAAAUUAAGGACACAGAAGAGUGAGGAGAACUCGGCUGACCUCUGCUAUUAAUUAGAUUUUGGUCUUCACCCUCCAUCGACUGCCACAAGUCGCCCAACAAAGUGCAGGGGCGUCAGAGACGGAACAAGAUGCUGGCCUCAAACAGGCAAUGCAGAACCAGGAGAGGCAUGAAGGAGCAGAUGGAAGAUGAAAGGUUGUGGACCGUUGCAUGUUUGAGAGGGAGGCUGCUGGCGGAGAGAGUGGCUUCCAAGGCUGCCAAGGAGGAAGCAGAGAAGCUGGCCAAAAGGUUGGAAGAAUUAGAGAGGAAGCUUGAUGAAGAGAUCAAAUGCAGGGACAGGGCUGAGAAGAAGCUCAAGUGCGCCAUAAAGAAGUUGAAGUCUCUGAAGGUCUCGGAUGGCAGGGAUCAAGCGGGCAUUCCCUUGAGCUCCGUGAGUUCUUCGUCCUCACGAUGCUUCUUGGGCCAACAGAGAUUAGACCGUGACAUGUCUGGCUCAGUGACUGCUGAUCUGGUACAUGGUGGUGAAGAUGUCAAAAUCAUCCCGAGUUCUUCAGGAGAUGAUACCUCGGGGAGAUGGCCAGAAGAAUCGGAUCACCAGCUGGUGUAUCUGAAAGAGACAUGGAUUUCAUUAGGGACUGCGAAAUCUCAAUACAAAGGUUGUAGUCCCAAAGACUGGGCUACUGGUGCUUUGAGGGCAUGUUCUUGCAGUGAUGACAAGCAAGAAACAUCAGCAGACGAUGAGGCGGAAAGCGAAGACAAUGUGCUGGCUCUUGUUGCAGUAAGUAGGCAGCUGGACUUGGAGGCUGGUAGAUUGGAGAUCAAGGACAAUGUGCAGGGUGUUCUUCUCGCUCUGAGAAAUGUCAAAGAGCUGUUGCUGCAGUCUUUAGUGAGGAGAGCCAACACUUUCAAUUAGUCUUCAAUUUUUUUCCCGCGGUUAAAUGUAUGAUAGCAUGCAUAGUUCCCCCAUCAGGUUUUUCUUUUUCCCCAAUAAUUUGGUUUUCUGAGUGUUGUGUUUGUAGAAAUUAUUGUCUCGACUUCACAAGCAUAUUAAUUUUGAGUGACUUGCAGUUCAUUCCA